AUGCUCAGUCUUAUCGUUACUUGUUUGGUUCUUCCCUUGAUAUGUUACAAACUUGUCAUAUCGUAUAUUCAGUCACGUGAGGAUGAACGGUUUGCUGCAUCAAAGGGAUGCAAGCCGCCUCGAAAAUGGAGUGCAAAAUGGCCACUGGGAAUUGACAUGCUUGCAAAAGCAGUUCGCUAUGAAAAAAGGCAGCAAAUACUCCAACUCUUCCUCGACGAGGUUGCAGCUUCGGGAAACACUUUCGAACAGAACCUCCUUUUUGCCCGAGGAAUAGACACAGUUGAACCCCAGAACAUUGAGGCCGUCCUCUCCACGCAAUUCACUGACUUUGGUCUCGGAUUGAGGCCUCCAACCUUCGCACCUUUACUAGGCAGCGGCAUCUUCACCCAAGAUGGGUCGCAAUGGAAACACUCACGUGAACUUUUACGUCCCCAAUUCAUGACCAACCGAUUCCGUAAUUUUGAACAAAUCAAACAUGCUGUGAACAACCUCAUUUCGAGCGUACCUAACUCCGGAGUCGUUGACCUGCAGCCCCUCUUCUUUCGUCUCACCUUCGAAACAACCCUCUUCCUAUUAUUUGGACAUUACCUACCAUCUUUGCGGUCUGAAGGCAUCACAGGACAGGAAUCUGAAUUCGCAAACGCUUUCAACCUAGGACAGGACUACCUCGCUCAGCGAGGGCGGCUAGGUGAUCUAUACUGGCUUUAUGGAGGCCGAGAGUUUAGGAACGCCUGUAAAUUGUGCCAUGAUUUUAUAGAUAAUGCUGUUCAAAAGGCGCUUGAGCAUUCCUCCCGCGAAAAGAAAGCAUCGGAAGAAGAAAAGGAUACGUAUGUGUUUAUCGAUGCUCUUGUUCAAGAAACCCGUGAACCUAGUGUCCUAAGGGAUCAGUGUCUGAAUAUCCUCCUGGCUGGAAGGGACACUACGGCUUGUUGUCUCACAUGGACUCUCCGUCUGCUGAUCCAGCACCCAGAAGUUCUAUCUAAACUUCGUGAUGAAGUCAGUGAUAUAAUCGGCAUCGGCCCAGAUGCGCCAGAUCCCACAAUUAGCCAGGUUAAGAAACUAUCAUACCUGUCGCUGGUCAUUAAGGAAGUUCUUCGCCUGUAUCCAUCCGUUCCCGUAAACUCUCGUGCGGCUGUAAAGACAACCACUCUCCCAACUGGCGGUGGUCCGGAUGGUUCAGCUCCACUUCUAGUCCGGCGAGGUGAAGCCGUUGGGUACUGUGUCUAUGCUAUGCACCGCCGUAAAGACAUCUAUGGACCCGAUGCUGAUUGUUUCCGACCCGAACGCUGGGAGAAUGAUGCACUCAAGGAUGUAGGUUAUGGCUAUUUGCCCUUUAAUGGAGGGCCACGGAUAUGUCUAGGCCAAGAGUUUGCGCUAUUGGAGGUAGGCUAUACGGUCGUUAGAUUAUUACAGACAUUUGAAACGAUUGAAAAGGCAGAAAAGAAGGCCCCAAGCGCACUGGGAGAAGAAAAGCAAACUCUGACAUUAGUCGUGUCCAGUGGUGAAGGCUGUUGGGUUAGCAUGAAAAAGAAAGCGACACAAGAGUGA